UCAAUUUUUUUCGGGCCGAAAAUAAACCAAAAACAAUCUUCAUUGACAAAUGUUUUCAAUCAAAAAUGUGAAUGAUUAAAUUCUAUGGCCUGUCAUCUAUGAUUUAUUAAUUUAAAUUCAUCAUUUGAAAAUUUCAUCAACAUUUGAUUAACAUAAUUUAACACAAAACAACAAAACAACAACAACAACAACAACAAAAUAAUUAUUCAUGUAUUCAUCAUCUGUUGUACUUAUGGAACGUUGUGGCCAUCAUAAUGCUGAUGAUCAUGAUCAUGAUCAUGAUGAUGAAAUGAUCAUUAUACAGAAAACAACAAAGAUGAAAAUGAAACGAAAAUUAUCAAAUAAAUUCAUUAAAUGGUCAAAUAAGACCAACAACACCAUCAACACCACCGACGCCACCACAUUAUUAUCAAAAAGUUAUUUUCAAUCAUCAUUAACAACAAUAACAAGGUUUGAUUAUAUUACUACCAGAAUCAUCAGUAUCAUCAUCUGUAUUAUAAUCGCAUGUUUAUCAUCAUUACCAUUGAUUGUUUCAGCAUUCAAUAGUCCACCGGUAUUUGAUUUUAAACGAGAAAUAUUCGUGUCCGAAAAUACACCUGUCGGUCAAAUGGUAACGAUGGUACGUACGAUCGAUAAGGAAAAAGAUAUAAUCACCUAUGGUAUUGAUCCGGCACAUUGGAAUGAUGGAUCAAAAUAUUUUCGUAUCGAUGAAAAAACUGGACAGAUUUUUGUACGGGAAUCAUUAGCUGGUCAGGGUGGAAAUUUUCUCAACAUGUACAUCAAAGCCAAUGAUGGCCAUCAGACUGCCAAAAUUGAAGCUGUAAUCAGUGUAUCUAAAGCCACUGACAAAGGUCAAAUUGUUCAUUUUCCCGAUAUUCAUUUGCCACCAUCACAGAUUUUCAAUACAAAUAAUAUUCUUAUGAACAAAACUGAAACAAGACCUUAUCAUCCACCCACACCUAAAGAUGUUCCAUUGGAAACGUUAAGACCACAACGAAAACAAAGGCCACCAAUAACCAAAUUGAAUACAUUCAAUAAUCGAGUAAAAAAUGAAACUAAAAAUCAACAAUCAAUAACUGUUAAACCAGAUGUAGUAGAUCAUCGUGAUGAUCAUUAUGAACAGAUGCCUACGGAAGAUAAGCCACAUAGACAUUCAUCAUUACUUACCGAUAUUCUGUGGCCAAUAGGACCAUACAUUCUUGUCAGUAUAUUCGUACCGACCUUAUGUCUAAUAUUCUGGUGUUGGAUACAUAAACGUAGUAUGCCCAGUCGUAAUGCAAUAAAAACAUUUUCACAUAAAAUUAUCAACAAUAAUAUCGAAAGUAUCGAAACAACUACCAGUUCUUUUACCGGCGAUUUCGAUGUUUCAUUAUUCAAAAAUAGUGGACGUCAAUUCCAUGAAACAAGUGCCGAUAGCGGUAUGGGUAUUUCUAGAAUUUCAAAUCAAUGGGAAUUUCCUAGACAUCAUCUACGAUUCAUGCACAUUCUUGGUCAAGGUUGUUUUGGUCAAGUUUGGAAAUGUGAAGCAUUCAAUGGUAAUCAAACUGCAGCAACACAAACACAAAUUGUAGCCGUAAAAACAUUGAAAGAAAAUGCUGGUGAAAAAGAAAAACGUGAUCUACUUGAUGAAUUGCAAGUGAUGAAAAUACUUGAUCCACAUCCAAAUGUUGUUACAUUGAUUGCUUGUUGUACGGAACGUGAUCCAGUCUAUUUGAUAAUGGAAUAUGUACCAUAUGGUAAAUUGCAAAAAUAUCUGGCCGAUAGUCGUGAAGAUAUUGCCUAUGGUAGUAAACAACCACAUGAAAAACUUGAAUCACAUGAUCUGAUUUCAUUUGCAUAUCAGAUUGCCAAAGGAAUGGAAUAUCUAUCUUCCAAAGGCAUUAUACAUCGUGAUCUCGCCGCACGAAACAUUCUUGUUGGUCAUAAUAAAAUAUGUAAAAUUGCCGAUUUCGGUCUAGCCAAAUAUAAUCAGGAAAUCUAUGAACGUAAAUCUGAGGGUCGUUUACCAAUUCGAUGGAUGGCAAUCGAAUCAUUGAAAGAUUUCAUUUUUACAACCAAAAGUGAUGUAUGGAGUUUUGGUAUUCUAAUGUGGGAAAUUGUAACAUUAGGAUGUACACCAUAUCCUGGUUGGACUGCAUCCGAAGUAAUCAAAAAAGUUAGUGAAGGUUAUCGAUUAGAAAAACCUGAACAUUGUAAACGUGAAAUGUAUAAUAUAAUGUACUAUUGUUGGGAUCGUAAUCCUCAUCAUCGACCAUCAUUCAGUGAAUUAGUAUGUCUAUUAGAUAAUCUAUUCGGUAGUGAUGAUGAAUAUGUUGAAUUGGAUAGAUUUCCUGAUCAUUGUUAUUAUAAUCUAUUGAAACCACCGGGUUGUAAUAAUGGAAAUUCUGGUGAAAAAUUGUGAUCACACACACAUACACACACAUUCCUUGUUGAUUAAUGAACACAUUCAUAAAUGGCAUGGUUAUAUAUACUUAAUAUAGUUCCCGAUUUUUAUUUUAUUUUUUUUCUGUUUUCUUUUUUUAUAAAUUGUUGUAAAUAUAUUUUAAAAUAAUC